AUGACUGAAGGGAAAAUACAGAAUAUUUAUUUAAAUGAAAAGAGUAAGAAACCAGGUGAGGAUAUAACCCCAAACGUGGUAGAGCAUAAAAAUGAGAAUUUAAAAAUAGCAAAAGAACAGGUAGAAGAAGAGGAAGAAGAAGAGGAAAAAGAGAAAAAAGGGCGAAAGGAAAAAGGUAGGAACAAACUCCAUAAGAAUAAUGGUGGUAACAAUAAGAGUGAAUGCUACUACGAUAAUAGUAACAGUAGUUGUUUAUUAGCUUCCAAAAAUUUUACAAAACAAAACUAUAAUAAUAGAACGAAGGAAGAGCAAAAAUUAUCAGAUCAGAAAGAAGUAACAUGUGGAAAGGAGAAAGAUGUUGAAUUGCCAAAGAAUAAAAGGAAUGGAAAAAAUGAGAAGAGCGUUAAUACGUCAAAGAGUAAACUUGAAACACUUGCUUGUACAAAUUACAUUUCAUCCCCUUCCAAUGAGGUCAAUGUAUGUAUGGGAAAUAAUGCAAUUACUAAUAAAUGUGCACAUAAUUCAAAAGAGGGGAUGGUAAAUGAUGAAAAAAUUAAAAAAAAAAAUUUAGGUAUUAUUAAUGGUCAAGUAGACCGAAGUGAAAAAGUAAAAGAGGAAAGUACGAGCGAAAGUUAUAGUUCCAAAUGGAUAAAUAUGCCUCUUCAAAAAAUGGGAAAAGGAGAGAAGGAGAUAGUAGAAAGGGGUGGAAAUACCAUCAUUCAUAGCAGCAACGGAAGCGGUAAGCGCAACAGUGGUAGUGGUCUUUGCAAUUACAGUGACGAUUGUAGCGGCAGUUACAAUGACCCGUAUAAUAGUAAAUGCGAGGCGAAUGAAGUGGGUUAUAAUACUAACGGGAAGGUAUGGUAUCAGAAGAGCACACACAAAAGUCAUACAUGCGCAGAAAAGAUUGAAGAUAUCGAUACGCAGAAUGUAAAUACAUAUGCUAAACAAGUUGAGGGUAAUGCCAACAAGACGAAGAAGCAAAGUGAAGCGGAGAAAGAGAUGGGAAAAAACGAAAAUAUUACUAGGAACAAAAGUAAACAUAUAAGUCAAAAUGAAAGUAAAAAUAUAAGUCAAAAUGAAAGUAAAAAUAUAAGUCAAAAUGAAAGUAAAAAUGAAAAAGUAAAUAUAAGUCAAAAUGAAAAUCAAAACAAAAGUAAAAAUAUAAGUCAAAAUGAAAGUAAAAAUAUAAGUCAAAAUGAAAGUAAAAAUAUAAAAUAUAGUAAAAAUAUAAGUCAAAAUGAAAGUAAAAAUAUAAGUCAAAAUGAAAGUAAAAAUAUAAGUAAAAAUAUAAGUCAAAAUGAAAGUAAAAAUAUAAGUCAAAAUGAAAGUAAAAAUAUAAGUAAAAAUAUAAGUCAAAAUGAAAGUAAAAAUAUAAGUCAAAAUGAAAGUCAAAAUGAAAGUCAAAAUGAAAAGAAACAAUCCCUUCCCAGUAAUGUGAGCAACGCGAAUGAAGUUGCUUCAGCGGAUGGCACAUACACUUCGGAUAAUAGUAAAUUUAAAAAAAAGAAAAAGAAAAAAAAGAAUUUUCAAAAUAAUCUUCAAAGAGAGGAAAAAUGUUUACAAAAAAAGGAAGAAUCUGCAGUAUGUCGAGAUAACUACCAUAUUAUGGAUAUGGAUCCUUUAACAAGUGGAAGUAAUGAUAAACAUUUAACCAUGGAUGAUGCUAAUAAUCCACUUGCACGGAAUAGCGGAGGAGAUAUACCCGAAAGUAGCAAAGGAGUAAGGAAGAAAUUCAAACUAUUGAAGCGAAACGAGAUGACAUACGAAAAUUACUCGCGUAAUAAAUUGUUUCCCUUUAACGCUAGUGGCACUGGAAUUUGUAUGGGCACCAGUAACGACAAUGGUAAAAACGCAAACAGCAAUAAUAUCGGUGAUAAACUUGGUAAUAAUAUUGGUGAUAAACUUGGUAAUAAUAUUGGUGGUGAUAUUGGAAAUAAUAUUGGUAGUAAAAUUGGUAGUAACAUUGGUAGUAACAUUGGCGGUAACAUUGGCAGUAACAUUGGCAGUAACAACGGUAGUAACAACGGUAGUAACAACAAUAAUAAUGAGCAUAGCAAAGGUAACAAUAACAAUAACAGUAUUAGUAUUAGUAAUCGCAUUAAUGACGGUAAAAAAUAUCGAAGUGGUUGCAGUGCCAAGGGGGAGAAGACGCUAGAACAACGAGAAAAGGAGUAUAACCAAAUAAGGGCACGCAUUUUUUCAAAUUUUAAUAAAAAGAAAAGCAAUUUAAAAGUGGAAGGAGAUAAAAUGAAUUACAGAAAUUAUAAUCCUGUAAGUUGUAGUACAUACUUUAAUAACAUGCAAAAUGCGAAUGAUCCGUAUGUUUUUAUGAACAAUUUUUAUAAUAAUAUAUUACCAAAUAAUAAUACUCUUAAUCAAUACUAUAUACAAAGUAAUAAUAAUACUAAUAGUAAUGUUUCUAUGUGUACUAUGAACCCGACAGGAGAUUUAUCUUCCCUUUCGUAUUACUACAACGAUACGAACAAUAAUAUUAGUAAUAUUAAUAGUAACAUUAAUAAUAUGAAUAAUAUGAAUAAUAUGAAUAGUAAUAGUAAUAGCAAUCAUAAUAGUAAUCAUAAUAAUAAUAUGCCUUACCCGAAUUACUUAUAUAAUAUGCCUAAUCACAUGAGCUUUAUGAAGAUGGGUGCAUUAAGUCCACUUGGCACCGUUACGUCUACAAACGGUAAAUAUUUCGACACUUACAAUCAAAGUAAUCCUUACGUUCCCACCAUGAUAGGUGGUAAAGUAAGCGGCAAGAUAAGUGGCGGAAUAAGUAGCGGAAUAAGUAGCGGAAUAAGUGGCGGAAUAAGUAGCGGAAUAAGUAGCGGAAUAAGUGGCGGAAUAAGCGGUACCAUUAGUAACAGUGGAAAAUGUAAUAAGAAUAAAAUGCUUGGACAGAAUAACAACGAUUUCAAAAAUAGCUGUAAGACAUCCAUUGAUAAAGCAAAGACACAUAAUAACUGUAAUUCGUAUAAUAACAGGAAUAAAAAUUUUUACGAAAUGAGUAAUACCUUGUACAAUAAUAUUUUUUUAAAUAACACAAAUAACAUAUAUAUAAAUAAGAACAUAAAUACUAAAGGAAAUAGAAACGGAAACACAAUAAAUAUCGAUAUGAAUAAAAAAAUAGAAAAAAUAGAUUCUUUUUUUAUGCCACACCCAAUAAUGAAGGAUGAAAAUUGCUACAUUAACUUAAACAGUAAAAUACAUAAUGAUUUGAAGGAAAAGCAAAAUAUAUGCCUCAAUAAAACUAAAAAUUGGAACGUUAAUAUGAAAAAGAAAAAUGUAAAAGGAACACAGAAUGGUAUAAACGACAUGUUAGAAGAGGUUCCAUUUUUCAAGGGAGGAAAUAGUGAAAGACCUGUAAGUGAAGCCGAGAAGGUCACUACCAGCGGGGAAAAUGUUAACAUUAACAGCAGUGGCAAUAAUAAUCACAGCGGAAAUAGCAACAAUAACAUGUACAGUAACAAGAACAGCUUCAAUGACAAUAGUAAGAACAACAAAAAGAAGAAAAAAAAGAAUAAAAACAAUAAGAUGGCUAUCCCCCUUAAGUGUUUUAGUAAGGACAACAACAACACUGGACAGCAAAUGGAAGAUGACAGUGUUAAUAACAAAAAUGAAAAGAUGGAUAAUAAUUACAAUAAUAACAGUAAUAGAAAUAGUAGCAGCAAUAACAAUAAUAGCAAUAAUAGCAAUAAUAGCAAUAAUAGCAAUAGUAGCAAUAAUAGCAAUAAUAGCAAUAAUAGCAAUAGUAGCAAUAAUAGCAAUAGUAGCAAUAAUAGCAAUAGUAGCAAUAGUAGCAAUAAUAAUAUCAAUUGUAGCAGUUACACCGAUAGAGAAAAAUGUAAUUACAAUGUAAAUAAAAACACAACUCUGGUACAACCAAAUAUUCAAAGUAAGGAAAAUGUAUGGCAUCCCGAUGGAAGUGCUCUUCAAAAUUGUUCAAGUAAAAAAGAAGAAAAAAGUGGAGAGGCAAACGUCGAAAGGGGCACGAAUAACACUAAUAACAGUAGCUGCAUUUAUAACGGUAGCAGUGGUAACAAUGGAGGUAAUAACAAACAAAAAGCACUCAAAAAAGUGAGUGUUGAGAAUAAUAAUUUCAUUCAAAACGACCGCAUGGAUGAACAUGCUCCUGAAAAUUUAACAAAUAAUUUAAACAGUAACUUAGAUAAACAAUUUUUUUGUAACAUGAAAUUUGCAAAUAGUAUUGUUCAUACGAACAACUUGUGCGUGUCAAAUACACCCAGUGAAACGGAAAAGAAAACACAGAUGUCUCUCCAUAUUAAUGCAAAUAAUGUACAACCAAAAGGGAAAAAGAAAAAAUAUAUGAACAAAAGAAAAAAGAAAAACGCACCCAAAAACAGCAGCAAUAAUUGUAACAAUAAUAAUGGCUUUAUGAAUAGUAGCAUUAAUAUGAACAGUAACAUUAAUAUGAACAGUAACAUUAAUAUGAACAAUAGUAUUCAUAUGAACAAUGGCCUUAAUGUGAACAGUAAUAACAAUAUUGAUAUUAGUAGUAAUAAUAAUAAUGUGGUGAUAACGAUGGGACCCCUCCUCCCUGUGAACAAAAUAAAUAAUGUUAUAUACCCUACACCAAACGUAGAUAUGAAAAUGGACGACAACAGGCCUUUUACCUAUAGUCAUACCGGCACAGUACGUAACGGUAAAGUACGUAACAAGAUAAUACAUAACAAGGCAAUGCAUAACAAGGCAAUUCAUAACACAAUGCUUCAAAAUGGAAGCGUGCAAAAUGUCAAUGUGCAUAACAACCAUGUAAAUUACAAUAUAAUGAACAACCCCCAUCAAUCGUAUUACGCCCCUUACCUAAUCAAUGACCUAGACUACUGUAGAGAUAUAUCCUUAUACGAAAAAAGAUUCGACAGAGGGAGCGACAACAUGUUACUGAACCAUAAAAGAUAUGAUGUCGACUUCCCCGCAUUACAGUGA